AUGCCGGGAAUUCUGCCGAUGAAGGUGAUCCGGGUGGGCAAUGGGGCGCAGAGUCGCAUUGCCCAAGCCUGCGACCGGUGCCGCAGCAAGAAAAUCCGCUGCGACGGCGUUCGCCCCUGCUGUACACAGUGCGCCAACGUCGGUUUCGAGUGCAAGACGAGCGACAAGCUGAGCCGGCGAGCGUUUCCACGCGGGUAUACAGAGUCUCUUGAGGAGCGGGUGCGGGCGCUGGAGGCCGAAGUACGUGACCUAAAGAAUCUGUUGGAUGAGAAGGACGAGAAGAUCGAUGUCCUGUCGCGGAUUCAUUCCUUUUCCUCGCCCGCCGCCCAGCGGGCUGCCUCCGCCUCCCAGUCGCCGCCCGCUGUCAGUGCAGCCUCGCGUCCGUCGGAUCGGGAGGACGUCGUCUUGGUUCGACCGCUGGCGGUAAAUUCGUCGGCCGAGACGCCUGGUACCGGGUUUUCCAACACCCAAAAGUUCACAGACCUUUUCGUCCACAGGCUGGUCGAGCAAGGUAAAGUCUCGCCGAACGUCUCAACGUCGGCGCUGACGGCUGCUCCGCCGCCCGUGUCGCUUGCUUGCGUCAACCAGACGGUCAGAAUCCCGCCGCGGCUGGUUUCAGACCAGCUGAUCAAUAUCUUCUUUCAAGAAUGGGCUCCCUUGUACCCCGUGGUACAUCGCCCGACAAUUCUCAAGGCGUACGAGCAGUAUCUCAACCACUCCGACGCUUUGCACAGCAACCCCCAUGUCCUAGCCCAGUUGAACCUGAUUUUUGGCAUUGCGGCGCUGUCGUCCACUUCUCGAACUAACCAAGAUCCCACCGAUUUUGAGGCCAACUGGUCGCCGACUUUGGAGCUCCUUUCCGGCCAAGUGUCCAUCGCGAGCCUGCAGUGCCUUGUUCUGGCCGAAAUUUACUGCAUGGCCAAGGCUGACUACCAAAGCCUGCUGCGCUAUCGCAGCAUGGGUGUCAGCUUGUGUCAACAGCUGGGUCUUCACCUGAACCAGGAUCGGUUUUCGCUGGAUCCCCUCGCUCUGGAAACGCGGAAGAAAGUGUUCUGGUGCCAAUACGUGCUGGACAGAUUCUCGUCGGCUCUAACGGGCUUGCCCCUUCUCUUACGUGAAGAAGACAUCCGCUCUGAAUACCCCGUGGAUGUGGACGACGAAAACGUCACCGAGACCGGCUUUCUUCCAACGCUUCCUGGCGAGUCGACGCGCCUUUCUAGUGCCAUCGCCUUGUUUGGAGCCUCAAGGAUCCUGAGCAAGGCACUGACAUCACUCUACCCUGCGGAACCAGGCUACGAAAUCCCCAUGUCUACGAUACACUCGAUUUCCGGAGAGCUGGACAACUGGCUUAAAGGCCUGCCUUCUCAUCUGCGGUUGGAGUUCGCGCAGGACAAGCCCAGCACCAACGUCACAAGUAGCCGAUCGCCGUUACUGUCCCUGGUCUAUUAUCUGAUCCGAGGUUGGAUCCAUCGUCCUGCCGUCUGUUUCGCCGAGGAGAACAUCGGCUCAGCGUCUGUGCUUUCCAUUUCCGACUCGAGCAAGCAUAUCAUCCAGAUUCUGGACCUGCUGGACGAGCGACGGCUCUGCCUGUCUGUUAGUGUCAACCGCAGGGAAUUGGUCUUCCUCUGCGGUCUCGGCUUGCUUUGGCAGAUCACGGGCCUCAAGUCCGACAGCACACUUCUCCGUGAGAGCCAGAAGCUACUCACUACAACGAUCGAGCACCUGGAGGCCGAAUCGGGCCCGGCAGCAGCGGAGUUUAGCGUCCUUGCCAACAUACUAGUCUCCGUUGAAGGCGGAGGCGGGAAAAUAACCACCACCAAGAUGACGUCCGGGGCUAGCCAAGAGAUGCCCGCCCCGGUUCGCAAGAUCAAAUCGCCCAAGAAACAACUUCAGUCAUGGAAGGCUCGCUUCUCAUCCACCACACCUCCCGGUUCAACGUCACAUGUGGACUCAUCUUCACGCCGGAACACCAUCUCCGGCGCCAGCCCCCCAGUGUCGCAGCGGGCUCUGCGAUCACCCAGCCGGGCUAGCCUACAUACGCCGACCACCACCACCACCACCACCUCCUCCUCCUCCUCCUCCUCCACCACCUCGACGCGACCGAACGGCAUUCCGAUGGAUCACCAGUCGUAUACAGCGGGCUACGAUGGCGCUCGCAUUGUGUCGAGCACCUCACUACCGGGGCCUACUGGCGGACCCGCCAUUACAAUGGCCGACUGGGAGUUUGUGCUGAGUGACAUGGACCGGGGUUACUCCAACAUCUUCACGGGCAUCUACGGCGGGAAGGAAUGCGGGGAGGACCACGGCCCGUUUGCGACAUUGACGGCCGAGUACCAGCAGAACCCGGACGACUCGCCGCCCCCGCUGAACGGGGGCAGCGAGGUGCGCGAUCUGUCGCCCAAGGCGUGGUCAUCACCGAGCAGCGGUGACGCACUCUCAUCGCACCCGGAGUACGCGGCGCAGAGCGUGCUGAGCUACUCCGAGGAGAGUCUGGGCAGCGCCGCGGAGGACUCUGUGGUCCUGGGGUCCGGUCUGCCCCUGCCGGACGAGUCGGAGGGCAGUCUGCUGGACCCCUUCCAGGGGAUUAUGAUCCCGGUUGUGGACGACGAAGAUGGAUUCGGAUUCUCUGCUGACGGGUGGGAUCGACGAUUAGCCGUCUAA